CGAAACGACACAGAGACUAUCAUCAGCGAGUUCGAACGUCUCACCAUCCAGAAGGGCUGGACGAAGAAGAGCAAGAUUCAAAAGGAGCGGAAGAAGUUCAUCGGAAAGGCUGUUGUGGAGGAUUUUGAAAAGGAGUUUGGGACCAAUGCGGGGAGUUUGCGGUCAUGGCAGAGCUUGUGCAAACGACUGAGGCUUUUAAAUGGCGACGACGAGCCUCCAGAAAGCAUCCAGCAGUGCAAAGCGAUGCUCAAAGGCGCAUAUGUUAAUCUUGUCGACCUCGUUGAUGCACGCAGAACAAAUAAAACUGUGAAAGUCUUCAGUUCUCGCAAAAAGCUCUCUCAGUACAUCAUACUAACGGACAAGAUAUUUCCCUUAAAGAAGGCGACGACGAGCCCACUUUUGGAACAGUUUCUCAUUCAUGUC